ACAGCUAUUGGCCAAAACGAUCCAAAAAGUGGACCUUUAUCCCAGAGCAAGCUUCAAAGAAACAUCUGAGGAAAGCAAAACAAGAAUUUGACUUUAAAAACAAAGUUCACACAAAACUUCAAGACAUUAUUAUUUAUGUCAUUUUUACAAUUAUGCUGUUAUUUGUUGUACACAACCAACGUCCCGUGGAGAAAUGUUUCCAGCAGUCACAAGUUAUCAAUAAUAUUUUCAUCAAAAAGAAAAUAGAAAACGUAAAGACACGUGGUGAUAUCUGGACUUAUAUCAAGGAAAAUGUAAUUCCGCCAUUGAGUAAAACAAUACCAUAUGAAACGUCAAGGAAGAUUCCAGAAAAUGAUUUUCUACUUAUAGGAAAAUUUCGUUUGAGACAGAUAAGGGUUCCAAGAGACAGCUGCAAGUUUCCAGAUAAGUUGAAGAAACUAUUUGGCUUUGACCAUCUUGGCAUUGAAUGUUCGUCUUCAGUGAACUCAAUAUAUGAUGACAACAACCAUUACAACAAGUCGUGGCAGAUUCAGUCAAAAGGGGUCUCAUCCAGUGAUGAAUGGUCCUACCAAAAUGCAUGGGACUUAGAUUCUGUGCCAUACAUAGGAGAUCGGGCAAUAUAUAGUGGGGGUGGCUAUUUAGUUGACAUGAAAGCAGGUUCUUCAGCUAUUUCAAAGAUUUCAGAGUUAAAUCUUAAGUCAUGGCUUGACAUCAGAACAAGAGCUUUUUUCAUAGAAUUCGUAUUGUAUAAUCCUAAUGUUAACAUGUAUAGUUCAGUUAUGAUAGCUUUUGAAUACAGCAGUCCUGGUACACUAACGAAAUCAUAUCAGAUAUAUACCUCGCCUUUAUCUGAUUACUCGUCUAAUGAAGAAGUUACGCGGUUGGUGUUUGAGGUGAUAUUUUUUGUUUUGACUAUGUUAUUUACUUUUUUUGAGAUCAGAAAGAUUAGAUUGAUUAGUUUUUUAACGUACUUUAAAAUAUUUUGGAACAAGCUUUCCAUGUUCAUGUUGAUAUUGUGUUAUACUGCAACUGUGAUAUUUAUAGUGAAAUAUAGAAGGACAACAAUCAUACUACAUCAGUACAGAGACUCUGGUAAAAACAGUUACAUAAAUUUUAGUCUUGCGAUCCUAUGGGACAGCAUUUUAUUCUACGUUUUGGCUGUGUUAACCACAGUUACAACGAUCAAAUUUCUGCAACUUUUAAUGCUGAAUCAUAAAUUGAAAUAUUUAUUUUCAAUGAUGGAACAUGCGCACAAACCCUUAAAAUAUUUCACUUUUAUGUAUGUUAUUUCAUUGUUAGCGUUUGCAUGUUGUGGUAAUUUGUUAUUUGGCGCUUCGUUAGAAGGUAACAGAUCAUUCGGAUAUAGUUUUAUGACUCUGAUAGAAUGUACAUUUAGGAUUGCCAAUUUAAAUCAAUAUCUUGAACUUCAUCCUGAAUUAGGUCCUGUUUUUAUACUUGUAUACAUAUUUGUAUUUGUGUUCAUUUUAAUGAAUAUGUUUUCUGUCAUUAUAAUGAAUGCGCAAAAAUCCUUUAAGAAAAAAGGAGUAAGACAAGAUGAGAAGUUAUCGUUAAUGAUAAAGUAUUCAGUGGGCAGGAUCCGAAGAAUAUUUCGAUAA